CAUUUAAUCACCAUUGAUCCAAUCUAAAGCAUUAACAGACACGCAUUAAUCAUCCGCAGUUAAAAUCCACCCUUUUUAAAAAGAAAAGAGCCCAUCCCCCAUGACUGCAGCAUAUUUGAAUCUCAAAAAGCAAUUUCCAUUUAUUAAUAAAAGAAAUUUAGAUGAUAAUAAGAAAGAAAGAAGAAGCUUCUCUAUAAUUGUUUCCAUUCUCGAAAAAAAAAGAGAUGUCAUAUUGAUCCAGAUUUAUCUAUCCACAACUUAGUGGUCCUCCUGCUAUAAAUUGGCCACACAGAAAGAGAACCUGUAUUAUACACAUCAUCUAUUUAAAUCCUUGCCGUUCUUCUUUCUGACACAGUAGUUCCAACCAUGGCGGCAGCAUUCUCAGGACCUUCCCUAACUUCUCUGUUUUGCUUCUUUUUCUUUACCCUCUCUCUCUCUCUCUCUCAUGUGAUGUUAAGCUAGGAAAGAGGUCUAUGUCAAUUGCUUCGAUUAGACAAGAAAAUAGUCAUGGCUGUAGCUCAAUCAAGGUCUUUUCGCACCUUGAGAGAUCAACCGACAAUUUUCUCAUUGCAAACCAACAAUGACGAGAUUCAGAAACAAAUUCAUUGAUUUCACCAAUUGGGUUUCCUCAUGUAGCAGUCAAGAAUCAUAAACUAUAUGACGGAGGAGGAGAGGAGGUUCGAGGCAGAAAUUGCUGAGGUGCAGGCAUGGUGGAGCACUGAGAGGUUCCGGCUGACCCGCCGCCCUUACACUGCAAGAGAGGUUGUGGCAUUGCGAGGGAGCCUGAGACAGACCUAUGUAUCAAAUGAGCUCGCCAAGAAGCUUUGGCAAACUCUAAAAACCCACCAAGCAAACAAGACAGCCUCGAGGACCUUCGGUGCCCUAGACCCAGUCCAAGUAACCAUGAUGGCCAAGUACCUGGACACUGUGUACGUGUCUGGGUGGCAGUGCUCUUCCACCCACACCUCAACCAAUGAGCCUGGCCCCGACUUAGCUGACUACCCCUAUGAUACCGUCCCCAACAAAGUUGAACACCUCUUCUUCGCUCAACUAUAUCAUGAUAGGAAGCAAAGGGAGGCUCGUAUGAACAUGAACAAAGAAGAGAGGGCUAGGACCCCUUACAUAGAUUACUUGAAGCCUAUGAUAGCAGAUGGAGAUACUGGGUUUGGUGGGGCCACCGCCACGGUGAAGCUUUGCAAGCUCUUCGUGGAGAGGGGCGCAGGUGGGGUCCACCUUGAGGACCAAGCAUCUGUGACCAAAAAAUGUGGCCACAUGGCAGGGAAGGUGUUGGUCUCAGUAGGAGAGCACAUAAAUAGGCUUGUGGCUGCCAGGCUCCAGUUCGACAUAAUGGGGGUUGAAACUGUGCUCGUGGCUCGCACUGAUGCAGUGGCUGCCAACCUCAUCCAAACGAACAUGGACUCAAGGGAUCACCAGUUCAUAUUGGGGGUCACAAACCCUGAUCUUAUGGGGAAGGCCUUGGCCACUCUCCUUGCAGAGGCCAUGGCUGCCGGGAAAACUGGCUUGGAGCUACAAAUCAUAGAAGACGAGUGGUUAGCUAAGGCCAGCCUCAUGACUUUCUCUGAAUGUGUCAUGAAUGUGAUAAACAGGUUGAAUAUUGGAGAGGAAGAAAGGAGAAGGAGAUUGAAUGAGUGGGAGAGGGCCUCGGGCUACAAUAACUGCCUCUCUAACGAGAAGGCUCGAGAGAUAGCGGAGGGGUUGGGGUUGACAGACCUGUUCUGGGACUGGGAUUUGCCAAGGACCCGAGAAGGAUUUUACAGGUUCAAGGGCUCAGUUAUGGCGGCUGUAGUUAGGGGAUGGGCCUUUGCCCCUCAUGCUGACCUCAUAUGGAUGGAGACCUCAAGCCCUGACUUGGUUGAGUGCACCAAGUUUUCACAAGGGAUUAAGUCGUUGCACCCAGAAAUAAUGCUUGCUUAUAACCUCUCUCCUUCUUUCAAUUGGGAUGCAUCAGGGAUGACUGACGCACAGAUGAGGGAUUUCAUACCACAGAUUGCGAAGUUGGGCUACUGUUGGCAGUUCAUAACUCUUGCUGGGUUCCAUGCAAAUGCCCUAGUCAUUGACACUUUUGCCAAGGAUUUCGCAAGGAGGGGGAUGCGUGCUUAUGUGGAAAGGAUUCAGAGGGAGGAGAGAAACAAUGGGGUUGAUACACUUGCGCAUCAGAAGUGGUCUGGUGCUAAUUAUUAUGACACGGUGCUCAAGACAGUUCAAGGUGGUAUUUCCGCAACUGCAGCCAUGGGCAAAGGGGUAACUGAAGAGCAGUUCAAAGAAACGGGGACUAAUAAUGGAGCCAUUUACAUUAACGGAAGUGGAGAAGUAACUAAUAACGGAGCCAUUUACAUGAAUGGAUGUGGAGAAGUGAUUGCCUAAUCAAGAAGAUAGCAAGACUGCUACAAUCAAGAUAUUAGAGCCCUGUUUAGUUUCAUGUGUUUUAUCAGUGUGGUAGACGUUUAUAUUCCUGUCAAAAGAGUGGAGAAGUGCUUGCCUAGUCAAGAAGGUAGCAAGAUUGCUACAACCAAGACAUUAGAGCCUUGGUUUAGUUUCAUGUGUUUGAUUAAUGUGUGGCAGACAUUUAUAUUCCGUUCUAAAAGCAACUUACUAGAAUAUAUUAGUAAAUAAUUCCCAUUUGGGAUUCCACUC